AUUUUUCCUUGUUUCUCUCCUUUUAGGUUUUAACCCUUUCAAGCUCUGUUCUUUUUCUCUGCUCUGUGGGAUUCUCGACCGUAUAAUAAGCAUCGACAACAAUUCUCUCGACAAAACAGCUUAAAUUUUGAUGAUCAAGAGAAACUUGGCAAAGUUUAACGAGACAAUGGGGUUUCAAAUAUCACAUUCCAAUAAGCAGAAGGUGAAACCUUUCUUUAGGCCAAAGAAUGAUGAUAAUGAUGGUACAAUUAAUGGCUCCGUGAAAGGGAUAGAAUUAAGCCCACCUGAUGUUGCAGGCUAUGAUUCAUGGCUGGUGAAGCACCCUUCUGCAUUGAACUCAUUUGAUUCCAUAAUGAAAGAAGCUAAGGGGAAAAAGGUCGUCGUGUUUUUAGAUUACGACGGCACUCUGUCACCAAUUGUUGAAGACCCUAAUAAGGCCUUCAUGUCCGCUGAGAUGCGUGCGGCUGUGCGUGAAGUUGCCAAGUAUUUUCCAACAUCUAUAAUCAGCGGAAGGAGCCGAGAUAAGGUUAAACAAUUUGUACAGUUAAGUAAUGUAUAUUAUGCUGGAAGUCAUGGGAUGGACAUAAUGGCACCACCCAGAGCAGUGACGUCCUGUGAUAAAAAGGGGAAUGAAGGCGCCUUUCAACCUGCGAAGUUGUUUUUACCUGCAAUUCAAGAGAUAUCUGUGGUGUUGGUAGACAAAAUUAGAGGAAUACAAGGUGCUAGGAUAGAGGACAACAGAUUUUGCAUCUCUGUUCAUUAUCGGCAAGUUCCACCAGUGGACCAUGAAAUUUUGAAGGAGAAAGUGAAAUCUCUAGUUGAAAAUCGUCCAGAGUUUCGUCUGACAGAGGGUAAAAUGGUUUUAGAAGUCCGACCAUCAAUAGACUGGAACAAAGGUGAUGCCCUGAAUUAUUUGCUUGACACUUUAGGAUUCAGCAAUGCCAAAGAUGUUCUCCCACUGUACAUUGGAGAUGAUCGGACGGAUGAAGAUGCGUUCAAGGUCAUAGCAGCUAGACGGGAAGGGUUUCCCAUCAUUGUUUCUUCCACUCCGAAGGAUACCAAUGCUUGGUACUCCUUACGUGAUCCGCCAGAAGUGUUAGCUUUCCUACUACGUCUAGCCAAAUGGAGGAAAUCGGAGAUUCCUUUCUUCAAGUAGAUCUGUCUGUCAUGUCAGCGGUUCACAUAUAUGUAGUGAAAGUGUAUGUACUGAAAUAAUACUAGAGGAAAAGGGUCUUUCAAUGGAUGGAUCACUUUAGGUGUUUUUGAAAGCUAUUGUGUAUCCAUCCAGCUUGUAAAUUAAUGAUAUACCAGUUAUCAUUUUAACCGCAGGCUCCAAGCCCCUUUUUUCCCCUUCAUUUUUAAUCUGGGGCAGGAUUCUAGUCCUUCACAUUACUGGUUUGAGAGUCAGUGGUUAGUCACCCUGAGAACCAGAGCGGCCGUUGUCCCCCCCCCUCAAAGCUUUUGUAACUUUUUGGUUUGUUGGAUUAUUACCCAUGAAUGAAGGGUCUUAUUAUCUUCCUUUUGA